UGCGCUCGGCUUCAACGCCGUGCCGCCUCGCUGUCCCGCCGCAUCACCGGCCGGGACCCUCGGGACACGCGCGGGGCGGGGUAUCGUCCGGACAGCAUUCUCUUCCUCUCUUCCGCCGUGGGAGUUCACCGCUGGGCCGUCGCCGUCUGUCGAGGACCCUCGUCGGCCCGUUCCCGCGCCAGCAGUGCCAGCUUCGCAUCUCUAAUACCUGGAAGAUUCAGGAAGCAAAAUGGAUUUUAAAAUGAUCGUUGUCGCUAUGCUGCUUCCUGGACUUGGAUUAACUGCUGCUUCAAAAUAUAACACUAGACUAAAGGAUUAUUGGAGUACAGAUUCACUACUUGAGAAGAAAAUCGCCACAGCUCAAAGUAAUAUUAAUCCGCAGUAUAUACUGAGUCCAGUUCCAUGUCAACACAUGAAAAACUUGUCCGAGCACAACGAUACGGCUAAUAAUCACCAUGAAAACUACUUUAAGUAAGUUGAAAUCGUCCGUUCAAGCAAAACCCCACAACGCGUUCAGGAGCUAUGACGGCUCCGGCAACAACUUGUACCACGUGACUUGGGGAGCGGCCAACACCGCUAUGAAGAGAUUAUUACCGGCCAGUUACUCCGACGGAUUGGAAGAGAUUCGGCUGUCGGUUUCCGGCAAAGAUCUCCCCAGCGCCAGGCUGCUAAGCACCCGCCUGUUCCACUCCGGGAGCGAAGAAGACCUGGACAUAUCCCUGCUGACCCUGCACUGGGGCCAGAUCGUCGCGCACGACAUGGCUUCCAUCACGAAAACUACGCAGACCAGACCGCCGUACACGGACUGCUGCGCGCUGGCCGACGACCUGCCCAUCCCCAUGCGGGUGGGCGAGGAGCGCUGCCUGCCCAUCAAGGUGCCGAGGGACGACCCCGUGUUCUCGCGCCGACGGCAGAGGUGCUUCAACUUCGUGCGCUCCGGCACGCGCGACGACGGCUGGCGCUGGAGGCCGGUGGAACAGGUGGCGGAGGUGACGCACUGCCUGGACGCGUCCUUCGUGUACGGCUCCGGGCCGCGGCUGGCGCAGGAGCUGAGGCAAUUGGCCGGGGGCCGGCUCGGCGCAGAGUGGAGGGGCGGCAGAGACCUGCUGCCCCCGGCGCCGGACAAGCUCGAGAGGUGCGCCGUGCGGUCCGCGAGGGAAGUCUGCUACCUCAGCGGAGACGAUCGGACCAACCAGAACCCCAACCUGGCCGUCAUGCAGACCGUGUUCCUGAGGGAGCACAACCGAGUGGCUGAGGAGCUGGCGUGCCUCAACCCUCACUGGGACGACGAGAGACUGUACCAGGAGGCCAGGAGGAUAGUCAUCGCUGAACACCAGCACAUCACCUACCACGAGUACCUCCCGAUAAUACUUGGCACGAGAGCUUCGAUCGCAAUGAACUGCAGUUACGAAGAAAUAGUGAAUCCGUCCACUCUGAACAGCUUCGCGACGGCAGCAUUCCGACAUCAGCACUCCAACAUAGUUGGUACCAUGAGGCUGUUCGAUAAAAAUAUGAGGUUUGUAGAAGAGGUAAGACUCAGCGAUCACUUCGAAAACGCAGGCAAAAUCGAGCAUGGGUGUAUCUUCGAUGAGCUGAUACGAGGCAUGACCACACAAGGGCAGAAAAGAAGUGACGGGAAAUUCACUCCAGACAUAAGACAGAACCUGUUCCGCAACGGAAGCCUGGGCCAGGACCUGCUGGCUAUAGACAUACACAGAGGGCGUGACCACGGCCUGCCUCCCUACAACGACUUCCGACAGCUCUGCGGUCUGCCGCGGGCGACGGAGUUCGCAGACUUCACAGACACCAUUCCUUCCAAAAGCGUGGACGGACUGGCGCGAGAGUACGAGCACCCGGACGACGUGGACUUGAUGGUGGGAGGGAUGCUGGAGACCCCUGUACCCGGCGCGACCGCGGGACCCACCUUCGUGUGCAUCAUGGUCGAGCAGUUCUCCCGCUCGCGAGCUGGCGACAGAUACUUCUACGACAACCCGCACCAGAUCUACCCGUUCACCGAGUGCCAGUUAGCUGAGAUAAAGAAGGCAAGCGUGUCUCGCCUCUUAUGUGACAACUCUGACUCCAUAGAGAAGAUGCAACCUGGAGGAUUUUAUAGAAAGAGUUUUGUCAACAAGCCGGUACCGUGCUGCCGUCUGCCAGCGGUGGACCUAAGCAAGUGGAAGGAGCAUGACGAGAGCGACUUCCCGAUUGCGUAGCUGCAGUGUACGCUACAUCUUGCGUCUCAAGAGGAAAACUGUUUUCUCUCUCUCUAUCUCUCUCUCUCUCUCUCUCUCUAUCUCUCUCUCUCUCUCUCUCUCCUCGACACCACUUCGUAUUCAGUGCAAAUCACUGGCAAGAGUUGCUACAGUGGGAGAACGUACCAUCAUCUUGGAUAAUGUGGUAAACCGUCAAACGCGUUUUCGCACUUCGAAGCGUGUGUCUGGAGUUGUAUCAAGUACCAGUACCUCAUUAAAACAUUUAUUUUUUUAGUUAUUUUUUUUAUGAAAUUAAAAUAUUUAUUUACCGAGUAAACUAAAAAAGUUAUUGCACUAUUAUCAAAUGAAACGAAGUUGAUAUCAAUAAUUACAUGUGUGUAUGUUAAAGCUCAAAGAAGUCAAUGCAGUUAUGUAACAUGUAGCCUACUUAAAUAUUAAAAUGAUAUGAUCAACUUAACUAAUUUUGUGCUGUUCUUAUGUUUAACAUCUACGUCAAAUAAUGCCUGAAGUAAAGAUGAAUGUUACCAUUUGUUUUUUAUAGAAAAAUCUCACAAAAUUUAAAAAUAUAUAUAUUUAUUAAAGCUUGCUUGGUACAUGCAGAUACAUCGGCAAUGAACGACAUGAGCUAAAAAGAUUGUUAGUUUUUAUUAUACUUCGUUUUUUAAAAUAAAUUUACGGCCAAAGUUACUACUUUGCUGUUCAUUUGUUUCAUGCGAAAGAUGACGCAAAAUCAUUUAACAUUUUUCAAUAAAAAUUUUUAAUAUAUCUUCUUAAGGAAGCAAAGAUAACCUCAUACCCUCAAAGAGAAAUUCAUUACAGUUGCAUUAAUGUUUCCAUUAAUGAUUUUUCUCAUUUAGCAUACUUUA